AUGCUAUUUCAACUCUCCACCCUGAGCUUAUUGUCCAUCUGCUCAUUCGCUGCUGCUGCAGGGCCUCCUAGAGUUGGUACCAAGUUCCCACAAGUGCAAGGAACCUAUUGGAACGGCGCGACUUAUGCUGGAAGUUGCCUCUUGUCAACCUAUCAACAAGCCCCUCCAGCAGGCUUAGAAUAUGUCGCAGUGGCCAACAAUCUCAACCGCAACGGAGACUAUUGCGGCGCGUGUAUCAAAGUCACUCCACUCCAAGGGAAAAGGGCGCCGGUCCUCGCUAUCGUUUCUACUUACUGCGCUGAUUGUCCCGCAAAUGCUCUCGACAUGCCGGGCACGAUGUACGAUCGCCUCAUGGGCAGCGCACCUGGCAGACCUGGCAUAGGCAAAUUCAGCUGGGAAGUUGUAGCAUGUCCAUUGAAAGACGCGCUACCAAAGAUCAAAAACAAGGAAGGAUCCUCUAAAUACUCCCUCUCGAUGCUCGUUGCCGAUGCCAAAUUUCCUGUUCAAAGUGUUGAAAUCAACUCGGACAAACGAGUUUUCCCGGCUUACAAGAGGGACUACAACUACUGGGAGAUUCAUAACUCAGGUCCACCUUUGGCCAACACUGUCGAUGUCAAAGUCACUUGUACCAACACUCGUUCCUUUGUCGUCAAGAAUGUCGACCCUUCAAGCAAAGAUCCUUUCAAGGCCGCCAACGGUUGCUGA